AGUAGGCUUCGUAAUGUCGCUCCAGGGAGGAGUGAGUGCUACGUGAUGUGGCGCUGCGCGCUUCCUGUCUGCGUAGAGCCGCCGAGAGAUCCCCAUCUACCCCCGGAGUCCACUGCAGCGUCUGUCCCCGGCGUCGGACGGUCAAAAACCCACAGAUUUGCCCAUCAUGGCUGUGAACCUGAGCAAAAACGGCCCAGCUCUUACCGCGGCCUAUAACGAGGUGGUGGAUGAGAAGUCGGAGACUAACUGGGCUCUCUUCACCUAUGAGGGGAACACCAAUGACAUCAGGCUUGCAGAGAAAGGAGAUGGUGGUCUGGAGGAGCUGGUCGAGGAGCUGAACAGCGGGAAGGUGAUGUACGCUUUCUGCCGCGUUAAAGACCCCAACUCUGGCCUUCCCAAAUACGUCCUCAUCAACUGGACCGGUGAGGGUGUUAAAGAUGCCAGAAAAGGCCAGUGUGCAAAUCAUGUGAGCUCCAUCGCUAACUUUCUUAAGGGAGCUCACGUGACCAUAAACGCACGGGCGGAGGAGGAUGUGGAGCCUGAAGCCAUCAUGCAGAAAGUGGGCAAAGCCUCAGGAGCCAACUACAGCUUUCACAAAGAGUCCAGUCGCUUCAAAGACACCGGGCCGCAGGGGCCUGUGGUCAGUUCACACACACACACACGCUUUGCCCAUAAUGCACCAGAGCAGUGUCCAAGAAGGGCAGCAGAAGAGAGGCAGUGGCUAGAGAAAGACAGGAAGGACCGAGAUGUUAAGGAGGCGGAGUUACGGGAAAAGAGAGCAAAAGAGAGGGCAUCACAGAUAGAUGAACAGAGGAAGUACCAGCAGCAGCAGGAGGCGGAAAAUCGAGGCCAGCAGAAACAGCAAUGGAAAGAUGAGGAGAAGCGUCUUCAGGAGGAGAAGAGAAGGGCAGCAGAAGAGAGGCAGUGGCUAGAGAAAGACAGGAAGGACCGAGAUGUUAAGGAGGCGGAGUUACGGGAAAAGAGAGCAAAAGAGAGGGCAUCACAGAUAGAUGAACAGAGGAAGUACCAGCAGCAGCAGGAGGCGGAAAAUCGAGGCCAGCAGAAACAGCAAUGGCCAUCUGUCAGCUUGGGUUUCUCUCUUUGUGGUUCUCUGUUCUGUGUCUCAGGGCGGUUGAACAGCCCUUUUCUGUCCAAGCAGUCAUGUGACCCAGAGCCAUUUCGCUGUCCCGUGCGUCAAGCCUCACCUUUACGAGCCAGAGAACCCAGUUUUGAGGAACAGCCCAGAUCUCAUUAUGUGGAACCAGAGCCAGAACCCGAGCCAGAGUAUGAAGAUGUACAAGCAGUCAUUGAUAAUUAUGAAGUGCCCGUAGAACAAAAGCAGCCACAAUAUGAGGCGGUAGUGGAACAAGACACCAUCUAUGAGGAACCAGCACAGGAGGAGGAGCAGAACACAUAUGAGACGACAGAUGAUCGCGGUGUCUGUGCCAGGGCUCUGUACGACUACCAGGCUGCUGAUGACACCGAGGUCUCGUUUGACCCAGAUGACAUCAUCACCGGCAUCGAGAUGAUUGAUGAAGGCUGGUGGCGAGGGUACAAUCCGGAUGGACAUUUCGGCAUGUUCCCUGCAAAUUACGUGGAGCUUAUCUAACACCGCUCAACAUCUCCCCCUCCCUCAUCAGUCGGACUGAAUUCAUUUGCCCCGCGUAGAUUUAAAUCUCUGAUAUAGUUGAUUGAAAAGCCUAAAACUUAAAUCAUGGACCAAAAGAGUGAUGAUCAUGUGACCAGGGGUAACUCUGAUAUUUCAUACUGUAUUGGUAGUUUUCUGUUGUUAAUUUUAUUUCAUUUGAGGCUGUUGUAAUUUAAAAAAUACUGAUUUCGAGUAUGCAGGCAGACGGCCCAAAAACGACCACCUAGAAUUGCUGUUCAUGCAGGAAUCCUGGGAAACUUCAUGUUGAAUAAGUGCUAUGGUGACAUUCCAGUGACAUGCGAAUAUCCUUUUGAGACGGAACCUUUUCUCAGUGUUUGUGAAGACGUUCCUUUUGAACAUUUCAAUGCUGGUUCCAAUAUUCCAGAGAUGUUUGGUGCAGAUGUUUGUAGUGAUCAGUCCCGUUUUUGCCUUGGUUUUUGCCUUCUUUUCUCCACAAGACCGAGUGUGACUGCCUUGCAUACUUGAGGAAUAGCGCAGAUGUUUUGCUGCUGUGAAGUUUGCCGAGGUCGGACUGAAAUCGAUAGAGUGAGAUGAGUUUAUUUGCUGUGUUCUAUACGUCACGUGUUUGAAAUCCAGAAAGCAGCUUCAGUCGUCAAGUAUUACGGUUCUUGAUAUCCUUUUAGGCUUGCAAGUGAGAAGAGUGGGAAGUUACUUUGAGACCGCAGCUUUUCCUGUCUGCUCCGAAAUGUGGAGAAUAUUAAUACUGUGAUUUUUAGGUUUCAGGGAACCAUCAUUCUUUCAUCAUCUUGCCUUUGGGUCAGAGGUGGGAUCUGGAUUGUGUUUAGAUGCCGAGGAUCACGUCAGGUUUAUUUAGACCCUUGCAUUUUUACCGUUCAUAAACGUUAUCGUCAGUGCUGUGCCAAUAUGAGAGCGAGGGGAGAAGUGUUUUUGAGGAAAUGUUUGCGGUUUAAUUUUUAACAAACGCGUGUGGAAAAACAUCAAAUGUCUCCGAGUUCCAUGCAGCUGUGGUGUAGUUCCUCUCAAGAGCUCAUUGUGAAUAUCUAACAAGUCUGGAAAACGUUGUAACUUCAAUUAAAAGAAUAAAUAAAGAGUUUUAAGACUGAAUGAAA